AGAAACUAUAAAUAAGCAACUCACCUUUAAAGUAUUGGUUUAUUGAAUUUUACGUUGCUCUGAAAGAUUUUUGAAGUCCGUGCUAAAAUGAAGUCCACGCUGUUGAUUCUGUCGAUGUGCAUGGUACUGGCAAAUUGCCUGAAAUGCGGAAUUCCUCCGGAAGAAGACAUCGAUUGGAAUAGGGUCCGACCGGGCAGGUGGUACGAUGUUGUGGAUAUCCCACAUACGGACUAUCCUGUUGGUUGCUGGGAGGCAAAAGAAGUUGUUCCUACUAAAGUCGGGAUUUCAUUUCGUUAUUACAUCUAUGUAGGAGGUGAACAACCAGAGUUUUUAACAGACCAGAACUUCACCCGUCAGAAGCCCGGUGUUUAUCGUCUAUCUGGAGCUGACUCUUUGUUGACCGCCUAUGACCAUUUAUUAGACGAAUCUAAAAAAUCUACGAAGGAGAUGAUAGUAAACGAGGCUAAUGAUUUUGCUGCCAACGACUGGACAUUUUUCACUGAUUAUGAAACCUAUAUGAUUACAAUUACUUGCCACAAAGGAGGCUGGAAAGCGUUUGCCAAGUUUAAUACACCACAAAUAACAGUUGCUCAAUUACAAAAUAUUUCGAAAGUUCUCGUCGACCAUGGAUGGAUUUCCCCAGUUAUGUCACUGAAAAACGAAUGUUUGAAUAAGGGUCAACAGGAUUUCGAUGAAGCUGCCACAGUCCUUAAAUAGAAGAGAAAAGACUUAAAUUCACAAUUCCUAUAAACUUCAAUUUCCUACCUCUAGUAUUUGGUAUCUUUGAUACUGACUAUAACAGAUGGAAAUGAAUCAAUGUUAUACUAUCAUUUAUUAUACGGAACCACCGUGCAGUAUUUAGACUUAGUCAUACAAUCUGGGUGAUUCUUAUUCGUGCUUAAGUUUAGAAAUAUACAUAUAUACAGUGAUGAGCUGUAGCCGGAACGCACUGGAACGGCGUUCCGGUUGCUGGACAUUUUAUUGCAUUUGCGUCCCUGUUGUUGAAAUGAAAUUAUGUCAUGGAAAGUUUAGUUUCUCUGGUAAACUCAGUUAUUAACUUACGUUUUGUUACGUAAUAAUUCAUUUUACAUUGCGGCAAACAAUUAGUUAGUACAGCAGUAACAUGUAGUGAAUUUUCGCCGACCUUUGACUCCGUGAAAAUUUGUCCUGUUACAUUGUAUUGAAUUGGUAUGAAUAUUCUUGUAAUUAUACACAGACAUAUUUCAGAUAAUGAAUUCA